UCAAUCAGGCGAUCCGGGGCUGCAUCUUCUGCAAAGAGCCGGCUUUGCAAACAGUGGCCGGAUCAUCAUCAUCAUGGCAGAUACAGAGAUGCGUCAGAGGUUGUUGCGCACAGUCAAGAAGGAGGUGAAGCAGAUAAUGGAGGAAGCGGUGACCAGGAAGUUCGUGCACGAGGACAGCAGCCAUAUUAUCUCCUUCUGUGCGGCGGUGGAAGCGUGCGUGCUGCACGGGCUGCGGCGAAGAGCAGCGGGCUUUCUCCGCAGCAACAAGAUCGCCGCGCUCUUCAUGAAGGUGGCGAAGAGUUUCCCGUUGGCCGAGAGGCUGUGCCGCAAGGUGCAGGAGCUGGAGCAGCUCAUCGAGAGCAGGAAGGCCCAAGGGGCAACCCCGCAGGAGAGCGUGCGGAGACCCCAGAAGAUGCCCAACCUGUCGGCUCAGACCCUCAAGCACCUGUGGAUCCGCACCGCCCUCUUCGAGAAGGUCCUGGACAAGAUCGUGCAGCACCUGGCCGAGAACUGCAGUAAAUAUUACGAGAAGGAGGCUCUGCUGAUGGAUCCUGUCGACGGGCCGAUCCUGGGCUCCCUGUUGGUCGGGCCCUGCGCGCUCGAAUACACCAAGAUGAAGACUGCCGACCAUUUCUGGACCGACCCGUCAGCCGACGAGCUGGUGCAACGGCAUCGCAUCCACAGCGCCCACUGUCGACAGGACUCACCCACCAAGCGACCCGCACUCUGUAUUCAGAAGAGGCAUUCGAGCGGCAGCAUGGACGAUCGCCUCUCCCUCUCCGCGCGCGACUACGUGGAGUCCCUGCACCAGAACUCCCGAGCCACCCUGCUCUACGGCAAGAACAACGUCCUGGUUCAGCCGAAGGAUGACAUGGAGCCUAUCCCAGGUUACCUCUCGCUCCACCAGACAGCCGACACCAUGACACUGAAGUGGACGCCCAACCAGCUGAUGAACGGCUCCGUGGGAGACCUGGACUAUGAGAAGAGCAUUUACUGGGACUAUGCGAUGACCAUUCUCCUGGCCGAGAUCGUUUACCUUCACUGUCACCAGCAGAUCGACAGUGGCGGGACCGUGGUCCUGGUGAGUCAAGAUGGCAUCCAGCGGCCACCGCUGCGCUUCCCGAAGGGCGGGCACCUGCUGGCCUUCCUCUCCUGCAUGGAGAAUGGCCUCUUGCCGCGAGGGCAGCUCGACCCCCCGCUCUGGUCCCAGCGAGGAAAGGGCAAGGUCUUCCCGAAGCUGCGGAAACGGAGUCCCCCGGGAUCGGCGGAGUCGAGCUCGGACAAGGAGGAGGAGGAGGCUACGGACUACGUCUUCCGGCUCAUCUUCCCCGGCACCAACCCCGACAUCGCCCCCCAGGACCUGAUGGACAUUCCGGGAGGAGGGAUCCCCCUCAUGUGGCAGCCCAGCGGCCGCAAGUCGUCGUGCUCCUCCUGCUCGCAGGGCGGCUCGUCGGACGGAGGGGCCUCCAACGGCUGCAAUCACGAGAGGGCACCUCUGAAGAUGCUUUGUGACAACAUGAAGUACCAGAUCCUGUCCAGGGCCUUCUACGGAUGGCUGGCGUACUGCAGGCACCUGUCGACGGUCAGGACGCACCUGUCGGCGCUGGUCAACCACACCAUCGUCAGCCCAGCCGCGCCGUCCACCGCCGCCUCCGGUCUCACCCGCGACAUCUGGCGCCGCUUCCUCCACGACCGACUGGGCUACGAGGAAGUGGAGCUGCUCCGACUGAUUUACUACGGAGGGAUCGAUCCGGAGAUCCGGCGGGAAGUGUGGCCCUUCCUGCUGGGACACUACCAAUUCGGCAUGAGCGAGGCGGAGAGGGAGGAGGUGGACCAGGGUGUGCGGAGCGGCUAUGAGCAGACGCUGGGGGAGUGGAUGGCGUGCGAGGCGGUGGUGCGGCAGAGGGAGCGGGAAUCUCACGCCGCCGCCCUGGCCAAGUGCUCGUCGGCGGUCAGCCUGGACGCCCAGGUCCAGCGCAUGAUGCACCGCGACUCCACCGUCAGCACCGAGUCUUCUCAGAGUUGCAGCUCUGGGAGGCAGGACCAUGCCCGGUUGCAGAGUGACUCCAGCUCGAGCACGCAGGUCUUUGACUCGGUGGAAGACGGUGAUGGGGAACAAAUGGAGAAAGAUGGCGGCAGCGGCAGCGGCGGCGAGAAGCCCGUGACCCGGGGACCCUGCUCCCCCGACCUUCGACCCCCGACCUCCUGCGGCUUCCCCCCGGCCCCCGGCGACUGGGAGCUGGGCCUGAGCGCGCAGGGAGGGGCGCGUGAAGCGGCGUCGGCCCCGGGCGAAGAGGCGGCGCCAGCGGGACUCGCUCUGCGCGGUGAAGAAGGAGCGGAUCCCGCCACGCAGGGGCCGCAAGUAGUCCCUGGGGCGGAGGGAUCGCGAAGAGAUCCGCCCGAGGCGAACGGGACGGAAGUAGUCCCGGUGGCGGAGGGAUCUGAAGACUUGCACUAUGCUGCGGCUGGAGCAGCAGUAGUUCCUGUGGCGGAUGGGUUUGGAGAUCUGCCCUGGGCGUCAGAUGGCUCAGAAGUAGUUCCAAUGGCGGAUGGAUCUGAGGACGUGUCUUGGGCGUCAGCGGGCUCAGAAGUAGUUCCGGUGGCGGAUGGAUCUGAUGCAGUUCCCUUGGCGUUAGGCGGCUUGGAAGCAUUUUCAACGGCGGAAGGAUCGGAAGUUGUCGCCGUGGGGUCAAAGGGCUUGGAAGUAGUCCCGGCGGCGGAUGGAUCUGAGCUAAUUCCAGUGGCAUCAGGGGGCUUGGACGAAGUUCCCCUGGCAUCAGAUGGGUUGGAAAUAGUUCCCGUUGUGUCGGAAGCCUUGGAUGUCGUUCCAAUGGUGGAUGGACCGGAAGUAAUAGUCCCGGCGGAAGGAUUGCGACCAUUGGCGACAGACGGCUCGGAAGUAGUUCCAAUGGCGGAUGCAUCUGAACUUGUUCCCAUGGUGUUAGAUGGCUUGGAAAUAGUUCCAAUGGAGGAUGGAUCUGAACUCGUUCCCAUGGUGUUAGAAGGCUUGGAAGUAGUCCUGGGGGCGGAGGGAUUUGAGGGCGACCGUUGGGCGUCAGUCGGUCCGGAAGUAGUCCUGGGGGCGGAGGGAUCGGCGGCGGCUGCGGACGGGCAGCAAGUAGUUCCCGUCGCGGGGUCGGUGAGGAUCGGCGUGGAGGGGCCCCGAGGGGAGGUGAUGGAGGACGAGCUGCCCGGAGGAGAGAGAGGGGCGGAGAGGGGCUUGGGGCCGCACCAGACCGCGGCAGAAAUCGGCAUCACCGUGGCAUCUCCGGCCUCUUCCACUGGCAUCACCUACAACCAAGAGCUGCUGGACAUGUACACGGUGAACCUGCACCGCAUCGACAAGGAUGUGCAGCGCUGCGACCGCAACUACUGCUACUUCACCCCCAGCAACCUGGAGAAGCUGCGCAACGUCAUGUGUAGUUACAUCUGGCAGCAUUUGGAGAUUGGUUAUGUGCAGGGGAUGUGCGACCUGCUGGCUCCCCUCCUCGUAGUUCUGGACAACGAGUGGAUGGCGUUCAGUUGCUUCACGCAGCUGAUGAAGAGGAUGAACCAGAACUUCCCGCAUGGAGGCGCCAUGGACACUCACUUUGCCAACAUGCGUUCCCUCAUCCAGAUCCUCGACUCAGAACUCUUUGAGUUAAUGCACCAGAACGGAGACUACACCCACUUCUACUUCAGUUACCGAUGGUUCCUGUUGGACUUCAAGCGAGAGCUGGUCUACGGUGACGUGUUCUCCGUCUGGGAGACCAUCUGGGCGGCCAGCUAUGCCUCGUCCCCGCACUUUGUCCUGUUCAUCGCCUUGUCCAUGGUGGAGCUGUACCGGGACAUCAUCCUGGAGAAUAACAUGGACUUCACCGACAUCAUCAAGUUCUUCAACGAGAUGGCGGAGCACCACGACACCAAGCAGGUUCUGAAGCUGGCCCGCGACCUCGUGUACAAAGUACAGAAGCUGAUCGAGAAUAAGUGAGGAGGGGAGCGGGGGCAGUGAGACGGGUCACCCCCGACUCUCCCCCCCCCCCGGCGGGCCACGUUGUGAGUGAAGCUAUCGGGCGAUCUCUACGUCGUUGUUCCUCGUGUUGCGUCUGUGCUGACGCCUUGCGGCCUCGCCUCGUCGCAGGCCAACGGGGUACACGACUCCCCUCCCCUGUCGCUCGCAGACUAGCUUAAACACCCCUGUCGUUCUCCCCGCCCCCACCUCCCUCUCCUGAGCCCGCUGUUUCUGCCGGCUCCGUUUCUCGUGACGCGCGUUUUGCGCUCCGAUGCAGGAUGCCCGCCGGGCGACCAGUCCCUGGGUUAUCAUGAGAGGAGGUUCCACUCUCCCGAGAUUUGUCGCGUGGCGGAGUGUGUGUGUGCCUGCGUGUGUGUGUGG